AUGACGACAACCCCGAAGCUGGAUGCCACCCCGGAGCCAACAAUACCCAGUGCGCAUGACUUUGCUUCUCCACUUCGCUUCAGUGAAUCCUUUCUGAGCAUGUCCCAGUCAAACCUUUCGAUCGCCAGUCUCUCCCAGCAGCAGCCCUUUCCCGUUGCGGACUAUCCUGUUCGAAGAUACUUCGACUAUGAUGAAACAAUCUGGUGCAGAGAAUGUGGCCAAAUAGGCCAUCUUGCACACAUGUGUCGGUCCAGGAAAAGGAUAAUCGGGGUUUGCUUCUGCUGCGGAGACGAUCGGCAUCAGGUUGACACGUGCACCGCAAAUGUGUGCAUGCUUUGUGGUGAAGCAAAUUGUUCGUGCAAGAAGAAGAAUCGCCUUCCCGGAGGAUUGCUCGAUCUGAUAGACAUAGACAAUUUUAUAAACACAUACGCCAACGAAUGCUACCGUUGCGGAGGGCCCCACAGUGGAUUAGUGUGUCCAGAGUAUAUGCCACACUGUAGGGGCACGGAGAGGUGCAAGUUUUGCUUUCAGAGACACAUGUCGCGAGACUGCCCCGAUCUUAAGAAGGAGGCAAAAGAGAAGAGGAGCAGGUUACUGGGAAAGAUGCGCUGUUUCAUAUGUGGCGCAAGAGACCAUUACCAAUUUGAAUGCAGAGAGCGAAAUUUUCCCCUGCGGAUGGGCUAUCGCUUUCGCGAAAAUGAAUACUCGCGCUUACUGCACGCAUAUAACGCCAAGCAUGUUGGCAAAAGUAUACCGGCUGCGACCAAGCGUGACGAAACCCUGGUACGUGGAGCUUAUUCCAUUAUAAAAAAUCUACGUGCACGGAAAGAUGACUCUAAACGCCUAGAAAUUACGUUUAAUCAAUCUAAUAACUCCAAAAGAAAAGAUGAUGAGCAGAAAAAACAUAGCGGGAGGCCCGGGGGUCAAGGGGAAUUCCGGAUAACUCGGGACAGGUUUGCACGCCACGGAUAA